AUCCCCCAAAUCAUUCCCUCUUCAGAAUCAUCGUUCUACCCCAAAUUUGUUCCCUUCUAAAACCCUAAAUCCCCAAUUUCAGCAAUGUCGAUUCCUCCCUCUUCCGCCACAAAUCCUUCUUCUUCAUCCUCGUCUCAAUUCACCUACCAAACGACGACGAAUCCGCCGUAUUUUCCUUUGCCGUUUCAUCUCCAGCAACAGGCCCAACCCUACGCCGCCGCUUCUCAGUCCGUUACGGCCGCCCCAGCCGCUGCCUACCCUGCCGCCGUCGCUCCCGUACCUGGCGUAUAUUCUCUCCCUCAAUACCAACAGGCCCAACAGUUAUUUCAAAGAGAUGCUCAAAUAGUUACCCCCGAAGCACUAGAGAGUGUAAAGGCUGCUCUUGCAAGCAGUGAAAUUGAACACAAAGCAGAAACUAAAAAGAAAGCAAUCCCACGGAAAGCUGCUGGUCAGUCAUGGGAGGAUCCAACGCUUGCAGAGUGGCCAGAAAAUGACUUUCGCUUAUUUUGUGGUGAUCUUGGUAAUGAGGUGAAUGAUGAUGUUCUUUCAAAAGCUUUUGCACGUUUUCCAUCAUUUAACAUGGCUAGAGUUGUUAGAGACAAACGGACCGGCAAAACAAAGGGCUACGGAUUUGUUAGCUUUGCUAACCUCUCUGACCUUGCAGCCGCACUUAAAGAAAUGAAUGGUAAAUAUGUUGGAAAUCGACCAAUCAAGCUUCGUAAGAGUAAUUGGAAGGAGAGGAUAGAUCAAGAAGCCCUUGUAAGACAAAAGAACCAUUAUCAGAAAAAGCCAAAGCCACAAAAGAAAGGGAUAUUACACAAGUGAGCAGCUCUGAUAAAACUUUCGGCCUUGCUUUUCUUGUAUCAGAACGACCCACCAGUUGAGCCUGUUUGACCUGACUGCACCAUUGGUAGUCAAGUAUGUGUUGCUACUUAACAAUUCUAUUGUUAAAAUCUGGUAGUUGUAGAGUAUUGUGAAACUUUAUUUUAAUAGAAUCCAGCAUUCAAACACAAAAAUCAAAA